CACCGCAGGCCACCCAUGAGUGAGAGGCCUAACGAACGUCUGCUAGCAAUGCAUUCGUUCCCAAGCAGACGUGUUAGUAUACCUGUGCAGGUGGAGUGCAAUGCUGGUGGUUAGGAAGACCCGUGAAAAUAUGCUUUCGACGGAUUAAGCAAUUUGUAUGGAAGAUGGACGACGUUUAGCCAAGUGGUGCAGUGCAAGUUUGUGUGUGUGUGUGUGUGCACCGAUGUCUCUGUCGUGAGAGAACAGAGAACCUGCAAAGUGGGGCCCGUCGAGAUGGCCCGAGAAGCAUCGAGAUGAUACCGAGCAAUCGCGAGCCGGAUUGGCCCCGGCACGAUAUUCAGCUUUUGACGCGCACAAGUUGGACAGAUGCCCGAACGGCGCUCAAGCAAAUCAAGAAGGGCAAGGCACACGGUAGGGGGGCACCCUUGCGUCUCAGGGCCUGCCUUCAGGCCCAGCUGCUUCAUCUGGGCCAAUUCAUCGACCGCAAUGCCGGAAAGGUACUCUUCGUGGGAAUCCUGGCCAUGGCUACCUUUUGCGUCGGACUCAAGUCAGCCGUGCUUGAGACGGACCUUCACAAGUUGUGGGUACAGCAAGGUGGACGUCUGCAACGUGAACUAUCUUACGUGAAAGCCACAUUGGGUGAAGGCGCCGGCAGCUCCAGUCAGAUUGUCAUUCAAGCAACGCCGGGCUCCGAUCUUCUCAGGCCAGACGCACUCUUGGCUCAUCUGGAUGCAUUGAGGAGGGCUACACUAGUCUCCGUCGACAUGUUUGACGUAACAUGGCGACUCAAAGACCUCUGCUAUGCUCCAAAUUUUCCUAGCUUCGAAGAACAUUAUAUAGAGUCAAUGUUAGAUAAAUUAUUUCCCUGCGCGAUCAUCACACCUUUGGACUGCUUCUGGGAAGGCUCCAAACUCCUGGGACCUGAUUUUCCUGUCACCAUUCCAGGCGUGGGUUUGAGUGUCAAGUGGAGCAACUUAAACCCGCAACAGUUAGUUGGAGAUCUCAAGAGCAUGGAUGCUGGCUAUUCUUUUCCCAUCGACUCCUUCAAAGACUUUAUGAAGCGGGCGGGUAUCACGACGGGUUACCAAGAGAAGCCGUGCCUCAACCCCACCGAUGGGGACUGUCCCGCAUCCGCACCAAAUAAGCGAACGCAGCGGCCGCCCGAUGUUGGAGCCGAAUUAACUGGCGGCUGUUACGGGUUUUCCACCAAGUACAUGCACUGGCCGGAGGACCUCAUAGUGGGAGGAUUUCUGAAGAACCGCUCUGGCCACAUUGUGAGGGCAGAAGCAUUACAGAGUGUAGUGCAAUUGAUGGGUGAGAAAGACAUGUACCAGUACUGGAAAGGCCAUUAUAAGAUGAUGCAUUUAGAUUGGAGUAUCCACAAGGCCAGGGAUGUGCUGGAAGCUUGGCAACGCAAGUUCUCCUCGGAGCUCCAAGCACAGGCCACAUCACGCAAUGCCACACGUGCAAGUCAGCUGCACGUGUUCACGACCACUGCACUUUCUGACAUGAUGAAGAAUUUCUCGCAAAUGAGCCCAACAAAAAUGGCCAUUGGGGCUGUGCUCAUGGUGCUGUACGCCAUCACCGUGCUUUGCUGUCCGGGAGACCUAGUUCACUCCCAGAGUGGCCUGGGCCUCUGUGGAGUGUUGCUGUCUGUGGCGGCCACUGCUGCGGGACUUGGCCUGUGUGCCCUGGCGGGACUCGCCUUCAAUGCCUCCACCACUCAAGUGUUGCCCUUCCUGGCACUGGGACUUGGCCUGGACAACUUGUUCCUCAUGACCUACGCCUAUGCUCAGUGUGCGAGGGAUGGUGUGCCACCGCAGGCGCUAACGGGUGAAACGUUGAAGCGAGCAGGGCCCGGAGUUCUCCUGGCAUCCGGAGGUGUUGGCGUCGCACUUUUGGUUGCAGCGCUCCUUCCAGUACCAGCCCUGCGUGCUUUUGCUCUGCAGGCGGCUCUCCUGCACGCCUUCAGUGCGGCCGCUUCUCUCCUCAUGUUUCCAGCUGCGCUAACGCUGGACGCUCGACGUAGAAAAGCCCAUCGUAUCGAUUUCUUCUGUUGCGUGCGUGGCAGACGGAAAGAAGAAAUAGGAUAUGGGUGUGAAAGCAAACAGGGUGUCGCCCCAAAACGGCAAGUUGUAGCCAGGGCACUGCCUCCAGAUCAGAGCCACGUGAUCACCGUACUGGCUCCAACACCUCAGACUACGGGUCCCCUCGAAACUUGGGUCCAGAGCGCAUCGGAAAAGACGCUUGCGGAAGAGAAACUUGGUGUCGGCCUCCUCCCAAAAAGCGAUGCCAAGCGACUGGUUGACCAUCUGGAACAGUGGAACCUCACCUAUUUUUCACUUCGGUACUACGCACCUUUUUUACAGCGCACACCCGUCAAAGUAUUGUCCAUCCUCGGCUUAGCCGCUCUCCUCGGAGGAUCAGCCUGGGGAGCCGUUGGAACGGGUGAAGGCCUGGAUCUGGCAGACGUCGUUCCAGUGGGCAGCCGGGAACGAGCAUUUUUGAAAGCUCAGGGCCGCUACUUUGGCUUCUUCCACAUGUUUGCCGUUACUCAGGGUGGCUUUGAAUACCCGACGAAGCAACGUCUCUUACUAGACUACCACGAGGCCUUUACGCGUGUGCCUCACAUCAUCAAGAACGACGACGGUGGGCUGCCGGACUUCUGGCUAACGCUCUUUCGUGACUGGCUGCUAGGGCUACAAGAAGCAUUCGAUAAAGACUGGAAUACUGGGUGUAUCACGCAAGAGCAGUGGUUCGCAAAUGCUUCGGACGACGGCGUUCUCGCUUACAAACUGCUCGUUCAAACGGGUCGUGUCGACAACCCUGUAGACAGAACCUUGGUACUCCGUGGCCGCCUCGUUGACUCCGAGGGCCUCAUCAACCAGCGUGCAUUUUACAACUACCUGACGGCGUGGGCAACAAACGACGUGUUGGCCUACUCUGCCUCCCAAGCCAACUUCAGACCGGAACCUCGACACUGGAUGCACUCUCGGCACGACGUGGAGCUGCGUGUUCCCAAGAGUCCGCCGAUCGUCUAUGCCCAGAUGCCGUUCUAUCUGAAAGGUCUUCAGCAGAGCAGAGACGUCACAGAGGCAGUGUCAGCCAUAAGGGGGAUCUGCUCCAGGUUUGAGUCGCGGGGACUGCCAAACUUCCCGAGCGGGGUACCCUUCACCUUCUGGGAGCAGUACCUCGGACUCAACAGUCACCUGCUGCUCGCGUUAGGGGUGGCGCUGUUGGCGGUCUUUGUCGUCGUAGCGCUCGUCUUGCUCAAUUUUUGGGCGGCGGUGCUGCUGGUUGUGGUGUUGGCAACGAUGGUGCUGGAGCUUUUUGGAACGAUGGGAUUCCUGGGCAUUCGCCUUAGUGCCGUGCCCUCGGUGGUGCUAGUCGUCGCUGUCGGAGUCGGAGUGCAGUUUACGGCUCAUGUAACUGUGGCAUUCCUGACUAGUGUGGGAAGUCGGAACCGGCGCAUGGCCAUGUCGUUGGAACACAUGUUUGCUCCCAUCAUUCACGGUGCCAUGUCAACGCUGCUAGGCAUUCUCAUGCUGGCAUUCUCAGAAUUUGACUUCAUUGUCAGGCAUUUCUUCUACGUGCUAUCGGCUCUCGUAGGAAUUGGCCUGCUUAACGGGCUCUUGUUGUUACCGGUGAUUCUCUCUCUGAUUGGUCCCCCUGGUGAGAUCAUUCCAAAGCGGGACCCGAACCGCAUUGACACGCCUUCGCCCGAGCCGUCCCCUGAGCCAUCACCCGAACCUCCUCCGCGCCCACCCUCGUCCACUCGUGGACUCAAUUUUGGCAACAUCAGCCGUCAACAUGGCAACAGCGGUGCAGCGCUGAGAGCAUCACGUCGCAACGCCCUCUGGGCAGAUUCCCUGAGCACCAUCUCGGAAGAGCCACCGUCGUACCAGUCCUGCUCCUCUCAUGAAAUCGUAGUGCAUCCCGAGGUUGUCGUGGAGACCACUACGGUCACAAACACUGGAAGCAACGACAGGUCUGCGGGAGGAGCCAAAGUCGAAACCGAGACGCAAGCAGGGACGCAGAACAGCCGGUCCUCGACUCCGUCGUCGUCGUCUACGGACCAUAGCACUUCCGAAACAUCCAGUGGGAAGUGCAGCCCCACAGUUGUGCAAAUGACGACGGACUGUACAAGUGGUGGCAGUAGUUCGACCACAAAUGUAACCACAAAAGUAACUGCAAAAGUGAAGGUUGAAGUGCUCACCCCUGUCCACGGGUUGGAGAGGAAUCACAAACACCGGAGGCGAAGAGACUCGAGAAGCUGAGUGUUGACAAUAGCGAUAUGUGUAAAGGAAAAACUUUUUAAAAUAAGUUUUUCCAUUACACAUAUCACUAUUGCCAACACUCAGCUUCUGGAGUCUAUCUCUCCACUCGUCGGACACCGUCGGAUUGUGGCUCGGAUGGCCCGAGCGCCACAACUCCUCCAGGAUCGACACAGGGUUCCAAAGGAAGAGGACAUGGCUCCUCUCUGAACAAUAUUUAUUGUAUACAGUUGUAAAUAGUGCAGAUGACAGACUGGCAAGAUGAGUGUCUGCUACCGAAUGGACAACUUCAGGGCUCAAUGCAAGUUCCUACGUUCGCAUCGGCAGGAACUUUUUAAGUGUGUGCUCUCAAUAUUUGUACCGCUUUACGGUAAUUCAACUACCUCAACAGUGCAGCAUAUAGGACAUCUCUAUCAUCAUCUCUGUGUUUCCCCGAGACCAAAAACACGGGAAUCCUGUAAAAGUACUAUGCAAGCGUCGGUACACACUGGUACGGGUAACUCGAUUCCAAAGUAUCCUUAACAAAUGUGCCCAAAGAUGUGCUUGCCUCGAAUAAACAUUUAUUAAGCCUUUCAGAUCUGGUACGUCAAAGAAAUUUGCCUUCUUUUAUGAUGAGUGAUUUUAUUGUAUUUACAGAUUUGUUAAGUAAAAAAAAGGAUGCACCAUUUAAAAAAAAGCUAUUUCUUCAUCCUCUGUUUCAUGUACAUCCGUAUCAUUUGGGCCGGUUUGCAUAAAAGUUGAGUCUGAGACUCAAACUCAACCUUUAUGCAAACUGACCUUGAAGUCACCACAGUUAAAAAAAUACUUUGUCAAGCAUAUACACAUUAUUUAUUUUUAACGUAGCACUUAUUUCUUACGUAAUAAUUAAGGACGACAGUAUUGUGUAUCUGUUGCUAUGACCGCAUGCAUUUGCGUGAACGAGAAAAUGUGAAAAUAAAUCGCUCCUAUAUUUUUA